AACAAAAUAUACUUUAUUAAAAUUAAGCAUGUUAGCACCUCAGUGUAACCUGGAGAAGUCAAACAGUCCAGCAGGUAACCAGUCCAGCAAGGCUGAAUGGCUGAACAUCCUGAAGUGCAUCCUGAUGGUAGAAAAAGUACCAUGACUGUCAGGACAUGCACAUUCUGAACAAGCUCAGAUGCACAACCAGCCUCGUUUGCAAGGAGGGAUGUUGUGCCUACUGUCUUGAUGGGAGCAUCUAGAGCUGCUGGACCAAUCACAUAUGUUAGAUCCCAUGGUGGAGCAGGUAUCUCCUACUAAAGAAACCAAAAACAAACCCAAAACAACAAGCCAAACCAACCAAACGAAAAAAUCGCCGCUAACUCGACUCGCAGAAAAAUCGGUACAGCACAGAGCUGGAGAGCUACAUCUCAGAUUGGAGAAUAAAUUAAACUGAAGUAACAGCAAGGACUUAGUACAUGGAUAGACAUGUAGCAUCCUUACAGAUGACCAUCCAACUUGGCACACACAUUAAUAAAAAAUGACCCAUGCAUCACAUAGCAGGCUGUGACCACCUGGAGCUGAACUGGCUUCAGGAUCUACAGAGAAACCUCCGGCUACAAAACCCCACGGUGCCCUUUCCUUCGGUUGUAUACAGUGUUGAAGCUGAUGGUUGUAAAGCUACACUAGCCAGUGUUACAAAGAUUACAUAAUUUCAAACUAAAGAUACUCUUUACAUUUAGAAAAUACCUCUAUAAAAUUUAGUAAAAGUGACAUCCCAAUCUACUGAGCACAAUGCACUCCGUUUCCAGAAGGAUCUCACAGAGCCAGGGAACACCUGGGAAUUCUUCCCUCCAAGGUGAGUAUGGGCACACUGUGGUGAAGUGCCUUUUGCUCUCAACAUCCAUUGUCAUUGCCCACUGCCACAGGGCCAUGCUGGGGCACCAGACACUCCCCUUCUCCUCCUCCUCCUCCCAGCUGCUGAGGGAUCUGUUCCACCAGCCAGGCUGGAAGUGCACAACCAAGCCAAACCCGUGGCUUCGCUACCCUCGCUCCACCCUUUCUAGCCAACGCUGAUUUGGUUUCCUUUUGCAGAAAGUGAAGGGACUGAUGCUGGCUAGAAACAGAAACUACACAACCAUUCGACAUAGAUCUGUUACAAUACUCUUAAAUCUUGGUUUAGAACACACAAGCAGGUUUUAGUAUGGUCUUGCCUAAUGUACAGAUUAUUAGUCAUGCCAACUAGUUUAGGAUUAGACAGGAAAAGUUUGCAACCACUGCAGGUAAAGUCACUUCUGUUUCAUCCUGGUUCUCAGAACGAAAGCCAAGGAUUAAAAUUCCAAUGUGUUACAAAGCCUCCAUUUCAUUAGAGGGAGUCUUAAGCCAAUGAGAUAAACUACAGCUGUUAAGUGCCACCGUGUUCUUUGUACCAGACUGCAAUCCUUACUGGUGUCGAGACCAUGGAGACAUCUGUAACCAAUACACACACGCUGCAGAGAAAGCAGAAACUACACGGUACAAGAGCACUCUUUAAUCUGGGGCUUCUGUCACGCUAGGAACAGCAGUCUUUUAUGGCAUCAGUAAUUUACUGAAGAAACACAUCACCCUGAGAGGGUUUCUAAAGCUUUCCUCCACUGAGCGAGGCUGAACGCCGCAUCACCGACCAUCCUGUGAUGGGGACAGCGCCCGCGGCAGCCGGACACGCCUUCUCCAGGGUAGUGUUGCUGUAACCUCACUUGACACACAGCGAGUUUAUUUGCUGAAAACUGAUACCCUACGUCCACUUAGUGACGACUCGGGUCCCAUCCACGCUGCGAGCAGCGCGUUCCGACACCGCACACAGCGGGUUUGAUGGGCCCGGCCUGAGGCGACCCCGGGGACAACACCGGGGCAUAACGGCGCUGGCCACGGAGCUGAUCCAGUCCAGGCAGGGGAAUGCGAAUGCCUUGCCCGGCUGGGCGCUGCUGUGGCGUGGGCCGAGCCGGGCACGGAGGGGCCGCGGUCCAUCCCAUCUCUGCUCUGCCCGGCACCGCACCGAGGGCGGCGGAGGCUCCGGGAUGGAGAGCCCCGCGCCGGGCCGGGCGCGGGCAGCCCUCAGAGGCCGUGGCGCUUGCGGGUGCCGGCGCUGGCGGCGUGGAGCAGCCGGUCCUUCUCGCGGAUCUCCUCGCGGAGCUGGGCCUCGGCCAGGCGCAGGCGACGGAUGCUGCCCUUCAUCUCCUUCAUCUUCACCUCCAGCAGCGCGAUGAUGUCGCGCUGCUCGUUCAGCUUCCUCAGCAGCUCCUCCGACGUGGUGCCCGACGACAGCGAGUACGAGUGAUCGGGGGGGCCGCCCUCCGCCGGGCUCUCCUCCCCCGCCGCCGCCGCCGCCGGUACCGGCACCGGCAGCCGCACGGGGCUGGGCCCGAUGGUGGCGGCGGCCCCGAGCUCCACCUGCACCGUCAGGUCGAUGGGCUUCACGUCCUCGGCCGCGCCCCCUGCAGGGGCCUCGGCGGCGGCCGCGGGGCCCUGCGGGGCGGCGGCGGCGGCGGCGGCGGGGCGGGGGCGCCGGGCCCGCUGAGCCUUGCGCUCGUUGACGCCGCGCAGCGGGAAGAUGGUGGGGACCCGCACCAGACUGGAUUGAGUGUACAAAAUAAGAGUAAAUCUGUCAGCAGCACCUUGGCAAAGCAGAGACUGGCAGUGUUCCCUGAUCUCAGAAAUGGCACGCCACGGCUCAUGCUCAAGAGAGUCAUGCAGAACCAGCCCCAGGUUUCACCGCUGGCACCUCAGAUAUCUAACCAUGAAGACACACAAGAAGCUCAUGCAGAAGUCCCACCUAAGAGGGCUUCCAGCACGGGGGAAUUGCAGCUGCCAGAUGUUGCUCCUGAGGACACAUCUGUCACCGUGUUCCACAUGAAAAAGAAGAGAAAAAAACUCAGCAUUUCUGAGUUUGAGAGGGCAGCAGAGAGACGCCUUCCCCAGUACCAAGCUCAGUCAACGUUGGACAGCACAAUUAUGGCUCGAUCCCUUCAUAUGUCUGUGGGUUCCUUGCUGGCCCCAGACACCGUUGAGAAGAGGGGCUUGCUCCGGAGGCCCAAAACCCGCAGGGCUGUGGACAUGCAAGCGUUUGAAGGCAGAGUGGAACAGAACAUGCUGAAGAGCAAAGGACAGAACGAUCUUGUGGACUCACAAUCUGCAUCUGGGAUUCGAACAAGCAUCCUGACAAGUGAUGCAGAAAUGAUGAUGAAUAGCACAGAGCUCUUUGUUCAGCCCCAGCUGGAUGAAGAGAGCCAAAAUAAAUUAUCUGCUCUUGAAUCCCAGCUGUCAGAUUCAAAAGCUUCAGCACAGAGGAGCCUGAUUUCUGAUGCAGAUCAAGAGGAAGCAAGGCUGGAGGGCCUAGUACCCAGUGUGAGCACAAACCAGGGGAGGACCCAAAGAUACUCCAAGAGCUCAAACCUUGAUGAUGAGCAUGUUGACAGAAUGACCCAUGUAUCUCCAGAAAGCCCUGCAAAACAGGAAGAAGAAAAGCAAGACCAUUCCCAGCAGAAUAACCCAGCGGCCCAGAUUUCUUAUACUGAAGAAGAGGUGGUUUGCAGUGUUUAUAGAUGGAGCUCCUCUCUGCCCUCCAAAAGUUCAAGUACAUAUUUGGGAUCCCCAGUCACUCUAAAUGUUUCCAGAAUGUAUUUGAGACAAGUUGUGUCCCAUAUAAUCGAAGACCUAGAAGUAAGUGAUACAGAAGAAGAGAUGAUUAAUACAGAGAAUGGAGUGGAACAGGAACAGAUUUUCCCUGAGGCUGCAGAACAUGGUGCAAGUGCUCGAUAUUCUGAACAUUUGGAGAAGAAACUGGCUGAAAAAGCAGAAUUGCAGAUAACUGCAGCACAGGACAGCAGAGGUGAAGCAGAAAGGGCUCCUUCAGCAGGGGAGGAACUGGAAGAAGGCAGCACUGGAGCCCACGGCUCUCCCAGAGCUGAACAUGAGAUUACCAGAGGCAUUGGAGCUGGAAGUCUGGGCAGGCACUCUCAUGCCUCUUCCUCAUUGGAAAAACCUGAAAUGACUCAAUUAAAUGAAACUGAUGAACAAGGAGAUGAACUACAGGACGAGGCUAUGAUGCUAAAUUUCGAAAAUUCAGUGGAAGAGGCUGCUGAGGAUGAAGCUGAACACCCUCCAAGUGAAGAGGUUUCCAUGAAGACUCCUGCGUUUGUCCGUGCUCCAGCCAAAAACCUGCUGUCAACGCCACGUGUUGCAAAACCUGCUGCUCCCAGGUCUCCCCUGCAGCUGCUGCAGCCUAAGAAAGUUUCUAAGAGAUUGGGAACAUCCAAGAAGAAACCACGUGAGCCUCAAGUACCAAGGAGUUUGAUAAAGGAGAUAUUCAGACAUUUUGCUAAAGUGCCAGUAACCAGAGAUGCAUUCCAAAUUGUUGAAAAAUGCUGCGAGAGAUACUUCAAGCAGCUGAGCAAUGAUCUGGAAGCUUACACCCUCCAUGCAGGGAGGAAGACAGUGGAGGCAGCUGACCUGGAAGUCCUGAUGAGAAGGCAGGGGCUGGUGACAGACAAGAUGCCGCUGACGGUGCUGAUAGAGCGUUACCUCCCCAUGGAGUACCGCAGGCUCCUGAUUCCCGUGGCAGUGAGUGGAAAUAAAGUGAUCCCCUGCAAGUGAAGCUGCAGGGCUGGCCCCUGGGGGUGGGAUGGUGGGUUGUUGCAUGUCAGUGCUCCAGGUGAUGCUUUUGUUACAGGUAAUUUGACUAUCUCUGUUUUUAUAUGUUACCUUUGAAUACUUGUACAGUUCUGAUAAAUAAAAUGUUACAUGUA